AGGAUGUCACUCAGGCCUGGCUGGGGACCGUCCGAAGCAGUCUCCGAGUCGCGGGUGCAGGCGGUAUUCCGCGGACCCGCCUUGACGCGGUCGGGGUGGGGACCUGGAGCCGCGUCCCCGCCGGCUGGCGUCCGGCGGCUGUUCUCUGCCCUUGGAAGUGGGGAUGGGAGGACGUUCCUGUCGCUCGCGGCAGGACCGCCGGUUCGAUCCCAGUAACGCCCUGCAGCCGUCUGUCUCGUGCAGGGAAUGAGCUCUGGGGCCCGCAGACGCGUCCAGAAGCCGGUGCCGCAGGGAUGGACUCCGUGACCUUCACAGACGUGGCCGUGAAUUUCACCAGGGAGGAGUGGGCCCUGCUGGACCCUGCGCAGAGAAAUCUCUACAGAGACGUGAUGCUGGAGAACUGCAGGAACCUGGCCUCCGUGGAUUCGGUAAAUCAACACAAAACCAAGAACUCAACCCCUGGGCAGGACAUUCUCUCCGAGAAGACGCUUCAGGGAGGAAGCAGAGUGUGCGCCAUGAGCAACAGUUCCUGGCCGUCCCCUUGGGGAGGAGACUGGACGUGCCCCGAAACAGAGGGGCCGCUCUGGCGAAGGGAGUGGGGACUGUGGCAAGCCGCCGGGCUCCAUGACCAGGGCCAGUCUCUGGUCAGGAUCCGUGAACAUCACGCAACGAAGGACGGUCCUAAACCAAGCGCAGAGCUUGUGCCGCCGCCGCAGAGCGAGUUCGUGAGCCCCUGCGUCCCACCCUGGGGCUCCGAUAUUCUGAAACAAAGUCCUGUCCUCGUCAGCCACCCAGUGAUCUACAGAAGCAAUGAAUAUGAUCGAGCUUUAUGGCAAAGCAUUGCAUGGGCCUCGGUUGCGAGAAAUCCGACGCAGCCGGGGCCACACACGUGGGCGCCCGGUCCCGGUGUGCUUCGUGCGGGUAACGGAGGGUGCGCCGGGCUGCACGUUCACCAAUGGGCUCCGUUUGGAAACGCCUUUGGGGAGGCCGUUUCCCUCCGCGUAUACAAGACUCCCGGCACAGAGACCACCUGUGAGCAUGCGUGUGACGUCACCGUCCAAAGCAGCUUGAUCCCCGAGGCCAGGAGGCGCUACCACACGGCAGAGGCCAAUUGUGAGCACAAGCAAGGUGAGAAACGCCCGGCCCGGCCCGCGGGUUCUGACGCACGCUCGAAAACUAAGCCUGCAGGCGGGAAAUACAAAUGUCCAGAAUGCAAGAAGUCGUACCUGUAUCAGUCCUCGCUCCUGAGACACAUGGACCUCCACACCGGAGAGAAACCCUACAAAUGCCAGACGUGCGGGAAAGCCUUUAAAUAUUCCUUACACCUCAACAAACAUUUACAAAAGCACAUUAUCAAGAAGCCCUAUAAGUGUGGGCGAUGCGGGGAAAUCUUCAGUGAGUUCUCGAAACUUACGGAACACAGGAGGGUGCACACCGUAGCAAAACCCUACAAAUGUGAGGAGUGUGGGAAAACCUUCAUCACGCCUCACAGGUUUAAGAAACAUCAAAAAAUUCACAACUGACGGGCACCCGGCGAGCCCAUCCGGAAAGGCGCGACCCCAAGGGCGUGAGUUCAAGUUCCACGCUGGCCGUAGAGAUUGCCUACAUAGGUAAAUACACUUUAAAUAAAAAUCACAGUUGCGAGAUGUCCUAUGAAUGCAAGGAAUGUGGGAAAGGCUUCAUUAGUUUUCUCAAACUACCGAGCCCCCGUGAGGACGUUUUGGAAGGGAGGGAGCCCGUUUUCCCUGAAGGAUAGAAAUGGGCCCAUUCACCCAUUUACAUAGUCACACCCUGUGGAGGGAAGGUCUCUGGAAAGUCUACUCUUUUUUCACCGUUGGUAGACGUUUGUCCCCAUCUUGGAGAGACACCCGAUGAAUCUAAGGACUAUGGAAACGCCUUCGGUGUUGUCUCAAUGGAAUCCUUGUAAGAAUCACACUUCCGGAGACUCGUCAUGGGGGUAGGGCAGUGAGAAAACCCUCUUUCAGCAUUCAUCCCUUAAAUUCCCCCAAAGCCUACAUCCUGCAGAGAUACUAGGAUUGUCAUAGAUACAAGAAAGCCCUUCUUCCCCGCUCCUAAUUCCAAGGCACAGAUGAGUAAACACGUAGGAGAGAAGCACAUUCAUGUUAGCAUUGCUGCCUUCCAUCGCCGCAUCCUUCAGCCGCGACCAGAAUUCAUUCUUUGACAGCCUGGUUCUCUAAUAAAAUCCUACAAGGUGAUGAA